GUCUGCUUAGAUCUACUUGUAAACUCAUCACACAGCUCCACACAGACAUGCAUGGCAAAGGACUUGGAGUUUUUGCUGUACUGGCCUCACUUCUCGUGUCCAGUGCAGCUUUACCUGAAAAACACACAGUGACGGACAAUAUCCUACAGAAGAUUCUCUCCAGACAGGACAUUAUCAAAGACCCUGGUGCAUCAGAGACUCGCAUUGAGAGGCGGGCACAUCUUUCUGAAGACAAUCGCGAGAUUAUGGCCAAACAACUCAUGCAUGCCAUCUCAGAAUUGAUGAACUCGGACUGCAUGUCUGACCGGGACUACCAGGGCUGGGUGGACUUUGGACGCCGGGAUGCAGAAAAGCCUUAACUAAAGAACUGGAGAUGUGACUUGAUUUUCAUUCACAUCUUGUAAACUCAAAGUCAAUUUGCUCAGAUUGAAAUAAAUUAAUGUU